AUCAGAUUGGCUUUUGAUAUAUCCAAAGGGAAUUCGUGAUCUUAUCCUCUAUGCUAAAUACAAGUUCAAAGACCGAAAACGGAAGAGAUGAAAUUGAUACCGGUAAAAGAUUUCUUAAAGACGGCGAUAGAAUCGACUUCUAUGCUCGACAUCUUGAGAUGGUUAAAGACGCGAUCUCGAUUGGAGCUAAUGUGAAAGGAUUUUUCGCGUGGUCGUUGUUGGACAACUUCGAAUGGGCAGCAGGAUACACAGCUCGUUUCGGGAUGGUUUACGUGGAUUUCAAAGAUGGAUGUAAGAGAUACCCAAAAAAAUCGGCUGAUUGGUUCAAAAAGUUCUUGAAUCCAAAGAAAAGCAACUGAUGGCAACUACACCAUUCCGCUUUAUUAAUAUCUCCGUUAUUGUUAUUUCUUAGUUGGAAAUAAAAGAUCCUGGUUAAAAACUUAUUCGGUUGGAAGUAAUAAGGA